UGAAGAGUUUUUUGCUGAUGAACUCACUUAAGCCAUUGUUGCGUACAAAAACUCAUUCUCUUCUCCUUCAGAUUUAGCUUUGGGUGUAAAGGAGGAGUGUGUUGAAUUGAAUUUGUUGCUGAGAAAUCAGGGCAGAAUGGAAAUUGUAAGCUUGUUAUGGAUUGGACGCAUGUGGAACGAGGUUACGAACAUCUUCCAAAAGAAUUGUCUCUAAGGAAUGGAGGGCACUCGUUCCCACUCCGUAUUUUUCGCACUACCACAUACGCAAACAAGCAUGGAAUGCAAUUUUCGUUUCUCGAUCGAGGAGCUAAGGAGAACCAGAUGGUCACAAAAUAUUGCAGUAAGCCCACUCUCAAAAUGCUAGAGUACUUGCCUCAUGUCCUUUUUAGCUAUAAUGGAUUAGUUGUAUUAGAGUCAUCCCCGAAAUCCUCGUAUUUCAUUAUUUACAACCCCAUCACACAAGAAGAAAUCAUCUUGAAAAAGCUAUAUAGUACUGGCUACAUCUGUGCUAUUUAUUUUCACAGUUCGACAGGAGAAUACAGAACGAUGUAUGCAUAUAGAAAUUGCAAAGCCAUUACCCAUUGCUGGUCCUAUCUAAUAGCAGGUCAAUCCUGGAAUCAUUGGUUUCAUCUUCGGAUAGCUACUUAUGCGCCGCCUCUCAAGGGUGGUCCUGUAAACAUAAAUGGAUUUGUUUAUUGGAUGAUUGACAGUAAAGUAAUAGAUUAUACAGCUGCUAUUCCGCCUCUAUGCACUGCAUCUAUAAUCGCAUUCGACACGGAAACUGAGGAAAUCCGAGUUAUGGCUCAUCCAGGGACAACAUGUUCUAGCUGUCGAGAUGCGCAGCCAUAUAUGAACCUCCUAAAUGUGGAGAACAGUUUAGUCUAUGCUCGCGUAUAUCUGAAACUCAUCAGGAUUUGGGUGCUUGAAGAUUCUACGAAAUGGCUUUGGGCUAAGAGGUAUGACAUUAAUCUUGAUUUCGACGUGCAACAGUACCCAUCCGUAACAAAUCCACACUAUUAUAUAAAGCUUUUUUACAUCCCGGACGGGCAGCUGCUAAUAUAUUGGGAUGGUGUAGGGUUGUUUCAGUAUCAUCUGGAGCUCAAAACAUUUAGGAAAAUUGAUGUUAUAAUCAAUGGACGAGAUUUAAUGAGUUAUCAUAGGGAAAGUUUAUGCUGGACUUCUUACACAAAAAGCUUUGAGUCCUAUAUUAAAACUGUAUGAUUAUUUCUUUCUUUUGCUAUCAUUUUGGUUGUGAUUUUGGAAUUGUUUGAUAAUUCUUGGUUUUUGUUUAGAGAUUUUUACAUAGAUGCUAGAAAUACAAAAAAUAUUUACAGAGGAAA